AUGGAUAUAAGCAACAAAGAAGAAGAAAAAAAGUACCAAAAUAUAAUUACAGAAAAAUUAAGGGAACUGCUAGGGGAAUAUGAAGUGGACAUUUUGACUGAGUACGUGUGGCACAUGGCCGGCAAUGCCCAGAGUACACGGGAGUUCAUAUGCAAUGAGCUAAAGGAUUUCCUGGGAGACCACACCACCGUGUUUGUCACCUGGCUAAUGAAGCUCAUGAGUGAUAUAAAAAAACCAGUAAAGAGUGACAGCUCCCUGAAGAAUGAAAAGUCGUAUAAGUCCGAGAGUGUCAAGGAUAGGCAUCACGGCGAGGCUUCUCGGUCCAACCGGAGCAGAGAAUCCAAGUCAAGAAACUCCGUCACUCAAGGAAGGAGAACGAAGGAUCAGCAAAGGGAUUAUGACUCCAGUAGAAGAGACACGUCCAUUACAAGGAGGCGGUCCAGGAGUUACAGAAGCAGAAGUAGAAGCAGCAGGUACUCGCUCAACGAUGCAGAUUCGUUUAACAGAAGGAGAAACAGAAAAAGACAAAGGGGAGGAAUAGGCACAAGAUCGGUAUCAUCUAGCGUGAACGCGAGAAAAUUUCACUACGACAGUAACCGACCUAGACCCAAGAGAGGCGACAAAGACAUGGAACGAAUGAAAGGAAAGGAUGAUUCUAAGUACAGAAGGGUCGGCAGAAGUGGAAGUAACUCAAUGGCCCCGAGUAGAGUCAUCUACGUGGAAAAGGAAGAAGAGAAAAAACUCAGGAAAAUUGAAGCACUGCAGGACGGUGCUAAGAAAAGGAAUGAUAUGGACGGCAGACGAAUGAGCGACAGCGGGGAUGACUACAACUCCAGCGAAAAGAAAAACAAGGCCAUUCUAAAACCCAAUCCCCAAUUUGGAGGAGAUAAUCAGAUGCCGUUUUUGCAAGCAACUGCGACGAACAUGGCGAAUCACGACAUGCACAACUUCCGCAUGAACAACUACCCAUACGACAAUGUGGGAGCGCAAGCGAAUUAUGAAAAAGGAAUGAAUCCUCCAGGGGGAAAUUACCAUCCUGGAAAUUAUAUGUUAAAUCAACAGAAGCUAAUUGAUAAUAACACCAUCAGUGGUAACAACUUCAUGCAGACCAACAUGCACAAUAAUAGCUUCGUUAAUAAUAGGCACCCGAACAGUGGCCUGCAUCACCCUAAUCGAAUGCUCUUUAAUGCGCACAUGAAUAAAAAAGGUCCUCACCCCCCAGCAAAUUAUGUGAACCCUAAUAGCACACUGAAUCCCAGGAAUAAUCAGCACAAUAUGUUUUUCACGAAUAAUAUGACCAAGCCGACUCCACCUCCUCCUUCGUAUAAUCCCCCCCUACCCGUGUACACAUCACCAAACUUUACACCCCCUACCUUCACGUCUCCUGCGAAUGCAAGACAGAAACAUAUGAAUACACAUCAUAUGCCCAUGGACAGAAGGGUUCCUAUGAAGGGUCAAACACCCAAUGGGUCCCACCCACCAAAUGAAGAUGCUCUCACGGCGCAACAGAAUGUGCAAUCUGAUACGGCCCUAAACGACCCAGCUGCUAUGAAGGAAGAUGGUCAGCAAUUAACUUCAGAGCAGCAACAGCCAGGGUCAGCAGAAGGUGGUGUUCAGGGGAUUGGCGACAACAGCAUGAAUUCGAUGGGACUGAUGAAUUCAGACGCUCCCCAGGGACCCAACCCGGACGACCCAGCGGAUCCCAAGAACACCUUUGCAAAGAAUUUGCCCGAAGUUGGUAUGAACGGAUAUUUCCUCAACAAAAAAUUAAUAAAUAACAACGACAAAGGGAAUAACAACGGCACCAAUUUUGAGGAUAAGGUAGCCCAGAUUUCCAUCAGCAUGCCAAAGACCCCACCAGAAAUGAAAAAGGACAACAGAACGAAAAGUGGUUAUAACGCAAAUGAAUACCUUCAGAGUAUGCUAGAUGCAGAGGGACAGGAAUUGAAUCAAGACCACAUGAUACACGAGCAUGGAGGUCAACUGAAUGGGAAUAACAAUUUAGGGCAGGCAAAUGGACAACAGAUCGUUGGAGAUGAACAGGGGGUUGACCCCGCAAAUGGAGAAGGCACCAAUGAUUGUGGCACAGUAGAUAAUGCGGGAGGAGAAUCCCAUGAGCAUCAACUCGCAGAAGACACAUGCACGAAUGAGACAAAUGAAAAGGGAACCCUCGAUUACAAUUGUUUCAACAUUGUAGUUAACCCGGACGGUGUAGCAGGGGCAGAACAGGAGCAAGGGGCCAUAAACCCAUCGGAGGCUAAUUAA